AUGGAUAUCAUACAAGCCGUCUCCGGCUACAUCACCAAGAUGGUGUCGGUCGGGGACACCGCUGCGACAGGCACCUCCGCGGCCAAGAUGAAGAUCCUCUUACUCGACAACGAGACUGUGCCUAUUGUUUCCACGGCGACGACACAAUCCGCCCUCCUCAACCAUGAAGUCUACCUUACUGACCGUAUCGACAACCCAAAGCGGGAGAAGAUGCGCCAUCUUCGCUGCCUAUGCUUUGUGCGACCGUCCCCAGAGUCUAUACAGAGCCUGAUAGAGGAGCUGCGAGAGCCCAAGUAUGGCGAAUACAACAUCUACUUCAGCAACAUAAUAAAAAAGUCCUCGCUGGAACGCCUCGCCGAAGCAGACGACCACGAAGUCGUACGCGCCAUCCAAGAAUACUUCGCCGAUUUCCUCGUCAUAAAUCCCGACCUCAUGUCUCUCAACCUCGGCUUCCCGGACCAUAGGAUAUGGAGCACAAGCCCGGACUCGUGGAAUCAGGAUGCACUACACAGGUCAACAGAGGCAGUCAUGGCGCUGCUUCUGUCGCUGAAGAAGAAGCCUUUGAUAAGAUAUCAGAAGAACAGUCUGCUUGUGAAGAAGCUGGCGACCGAGGUCCGAUACCACAUGACACAGGAAGAGCAACUCUUCGAUUUCCGCAAGACUGAUACUCCGCCUAUCCUUUUGAUCGUAGACCGAAGGGACGAUCCCGUUACCCCGCUAUUAACGCAAUGGACAUAUCAGGCUAUGGUUCACGAGCUACUCGGAAUACAUAACGGACGCGUGGAUCUACGUGAUGUGCCGGAAAUUCGUCCCGAGCUCAAAGAAAUUGUGUUAUCGCAAGAUCAGGAUCCCUUCUUCAAGAAGAACAUGUAUCUCAACUUUGGUGACCUAGGACAAAACGCGAAAGAGUACGUCGAACAGUUUGCAUCAAAACAGCAGGGAUCGCAAAAGCUCGACUCAAUUGCCGAUAUGAAGCGCUUCAUCGAAGACUUUCCCGAGUUCCGUAAGCUCUCCGGCAAUGUCACCAAACAUGUUACACUCGUUGGUGAGCUGAGCAGACGAGUUGGCGAAGAGAGUCUGCUGGACAUCAGUGAGCUCGAACAGAGUCUAGCAUGUACAGACAAUCACAACAACGACGUCAAGUCGCUACAAAAGAUCAUCCAGGACCCCAGGGUUCCGGCGAACAACAAGCUUCGCCUUGUUGCCAUCUACGCGUUACGGUACUCAAAGGCGUCUUCGAAUUCGACAGCCAUGCUCCUAGACUUGCUCGCCGUCGCGGGCGGACUGUCACGGCAUCGCAUCAAUCUUAUCACAAAGCUACUGACCUACCAUGACUCGCUACAAGCGACUACGGCAGCAGGUGGGGUACCGGACCUGUUCCAGCCUGGAUCCUUUUUCGGGGGUGCCCGAGAUCGACUCAAGGGCCUGAAGGGUGUUGAGAACGUCUACACACAGCACUCGCCUCGCUUAGAAGCUACGUUGCAAGACAUGAUCAAGGGUCGCUUGAGCCAGCAGCUGUAUCCCUUCGUAGAAGGUGGCGGCUCGACCAAAGAUAAGCCGCAGGAUAUAAUCGUCUUCAUGGUCGGCGGCGCGACAUACGAGGAAGCCAAGAUGGUUGCGCAAGUCAAUGCAAGUUCGCCUGGUAUUCGCGUUGUGCUCGGUGGAACGACCGUGCAUAACAGCACCUCCUUCUUAGAGGAAGUCGAAGAUGCCGUCGACUCGUGGCCCGAGCCUCCCGUUACAUCAGCUGCGGCUCGCUUGAAGAGGGAAAACUGCACAGCCUUCGGACGCGAGUGCGUCUUUAUUACCGUUCCUGAGAGCGCUGCACGCAAGAAAGAAAGGGAGCAGCGAGAGCGUGCGCAGAGCAAGAGCGGUACUGGUGUUACCAUCCCGGACUGGACCAAGAAUCUCCCCGUGCGCACACAGAGUAGUGCGAGUGUACAUGAUGGAUACGACAAUGCGGGAUCCGUUGACACCACGACGCCUGGCACGCCGCCACGAGAUUACGAGUGGGAAGCUUAUCAGCAAGAUGUUGAGCCCGAAACGGAUGCUUGGGAGAGACUGCCUGCAGAGCCUGAAGAGACGCAGGACGACGUGUAUGAGGACGAGAACGACGACGAAGAUCAAAUCGCAACUGAUCUCACGAUUCGAAUCGGGAGGAUGAUCAUUUGUGAAAAUGUCACUGGAUUUUUCCGACCCCAAUAUGCCGAAGAGCUCGGCAAGCUUCUGUCUGAGAGCUUCACGCCUUCUUCAUCAGUCACAGGCCAAAGAGCGACACAGUCAUCUGCUCUUCUAUCAGCAGAGCAGAUGCCAUCGCUUGCGCCGUCGCUGAAUCUGUUGCUAGGCGGUUCGCUGCCUAUACAUCAGAAUAACGAAGUUGAGGCGCCACAACUGCCCACCAAGAUGGAGGCCGAGGGGCUACUACAGCGGUACACGGAAGCCGUUAGCCCGCUUGCGCACGUGUUGCAUCUUCCAUCGUUCAAGCGCAUGUUUGAUCGCUUUUGGAUGAACCUUGAGAUUGGGAGCCCCAACCAGAAUUCCUGUACUGCCUUGAUACUGGCAGUAUGUAUGGCUGCCGCUGCUUCUGUUUCACCGUUACAAGCCAAGUCGCAGUUUGGGAUUACGAAAGAGGAUCUUUUCCUGCGCCUACAAAAGGCUACGGAGCGGGCAUUGCUUCGCGCUAAUUGGGCGAAGACAUCUAACAUACGGACUUUGCAAGCUUUGACAAUCUACCUGAUUUGUUUCUUGGACUUCAAGACAGCAGAAGCGCAAGGACCCCAUCCUUCGAUCCGGUCGGAUGACUUUGACAUUGCUCUUCCGUUGAACGUAGAUGACGAUGUCUUUGAGUUCGGCAGCCCGAAGUGGCAGCAAAAUCCAACCUCCAAUACCGGCUGGUCAGACGUCACAUUGUCGUUGAUACGCUACGAGUGCAAUGAGAUACACCGACUCAUAUUCCGCGGCAGGAUUGAGAUGGAUCGCAAACACAUUACCCUCCAUGAUCUCCGCGCCCGCGUAGAAGCCAAGAAACGCCAGAUCCAGAGCAAAUACCUCCAAUAUCUGGAUGCCAACGUGCCUAUUCAACGAUACGCAGGCCUAGUUGCGACACUCCUAAUGUCCCGUUGUGACUCUAUGCUCCUAUACCGCCACCUUCCACAAACCUCCUUGCAACCCCGUUCGGAAUCCGAGAACCGCCUUCGCGACGUCCUCCUUACCGCAGCGCUCACCACACUUGAAAUCGGUGCAACACUAGACACACUGCCCUCUCUCUCCUCCUGGGCUUGGUACUCGACCACCUACCAACAAUAUCACGCGGUCCUGCUUCUCCUCACCGAACUCUACCGUACACCCGAUCUGCCCCGGAAAGAGCGCAUGGCGACCAUCAUCGACCACAUCUUUGGCCACUGCUAUGGCGUCGGUGUAAGAGAACGUUGCUCAGAUCUCCUCUUCACUGUAAAAGAGAACCUAGAAGCCUUUUAUGUAAUGAAGGGUUUCAACAAGAAAAGGCAGCAGGUUGCUCCCCAACAGCAUCCCACACUUCAACCGUUACCCUCCUUUGGUGGCUCGGUGACUAGUCCUGGAUUCGGUGCGCAGCAGACGCCGAAUAAUAACAUUCACAGUCAAUUGCAGAGGACGCCCACAACGGGCACACUAGAUGGGUUGAAUGUGGAUUUCGAUAGUAUACUUGGUAGCCUGAAUGGUGGUGGUAGUGGUGGCGGUGGCUCGGACCAGGACUUUGAUGUUUGGGGCGGAAUGAACGGUGGUGCUGGUCAAGAUACGGGUGCUAUUUUUGUGCCGGUGGAUACUGGGCAUCAUGGCGAAUUUGGAACUACGAGUCCGAAUGGGGGGCUACAGCAAUGGGAAAAUUGGAAUUUCCCACCUCAACAGGCGAAAUACGAACAAUGA